AUGUCCGCGUUCCAAAAGUGUCUCAACCUCGACCGACAAGAAGUCGAUUCUGCAUCUCUACCUACACACUCGCUCGAGACCCCCGUGUGGUUCUCGCUUUGGUCGACCAACAUAUGCGAAAAUUGGGGCCAUGUCGACAUCCCCAACGGUAUUCUCUGCCUCAAAUGCGACCACCUCGCCACGUUCCAAGCCGGCGGGCAGAUGGAAAGAUUGAGAUUAACCCUGCACAGGGAUCUCAUCAAUCCGUCUAGCUUCACCAGCAGAUGGAAGAAUCCUCGCCAUUUUACCACAGAAUGGGUCGACAUCUGGGGCGUAAGGGGAGAGGCAAGCCAGGUCCAGAAUGCCCUUUCAGCCACGCCCAGCAUUUCCAGGGGUCAACCCUCUGGACCAUUGGAAAACGAAAACAACUUUCCGUCCGGCAGCGCCGGCCCUCGAGACGUGAAAAUGGAGCACUUCGAAGAAGAUCCAGUCUAUGUUGACGAAGAGGACCAGGUCUUUAUUGACGAAGAGAGGGAGCAAGGGGAGGAGGAGGAGGAGGAGGAAGGCUAUGAAGAGGAGGGCCAUGAAAAAAAUUAUCAAGGCUAUGAAGAAGAUCAUGAAGAGGAAGAUUACGAAGAAGACGAGGAUGAACCGGAUGCGGAAGAGACUGAUUCAGAAUAUGGGAAUGAGCCGUACGAUCUCGACGAUAUGGAAUCUUGCCUCAAGGAACCGCCAAUACGCUCUUGGCGAGGAUCAAGUCCACCUUCAGAUGAUUACAAGCCUCGAGUUAACACGCCUCCGCCACUGCGCUCUACUCAACCCGACCCCGAAGAGUAA